GUUUAUAUAAGUGAUACCGUAAUAGACUGCGACACCAAGUGACAAGUCCUUCGUCCCUUCUACGAAACAAGAAAGAAUUCAACUCGCACGCCUAGGCGAAGUCCGAUGGAAGGAGGUGGUAUUCUCACAGCCAAAAGGUUGGAAGGGAAGGUAGCGGUGAUUACCGGCGGAGCCAGUGGGAUUGGAGCGAGCACCGUAAGGUUGUUCGUUCAGCACGGAGCUAAGGUAGUCAUAGCCGACGUGCAAGACGAUCUGGGCAACUCUCUCUGUGAAGAAGUCGGCUCCACUGAGACCAUCUUCGUCCAUUGCGAUGUGACCAACGACGACGACGUCCGUAACGCCGUCGACACGGCAGUCUCUAAGUAUGGGAAGCUGGACAUCAUGUUCAACAACGCCGGGAUCAGUGGCGACAUCAUCAAAAGAUCAAUCUUGGAGGCAGACAAAGAAGAUUUCAAGAGGGUAUUAGAUGUGAACGUCUAUGGUGGGUUCUUAGGAGCUAAACACGCAGCAAGGGUGAUGAUCCCAUCCAAGAAGGGUACCAUACUCUUUACUGCCAGUGUGGCUUCUUUGACUGCAGGGGAACCACCACAUGCUUACGUGGCAUCGAAGCAUGCUGUGGUGGGGUUAACCAAGAACUUAUGUGUGGAGUUGGGUGAGUUUGGGAUCAGAGUGAACUGUAUCUCUCCUUUCGGAGUUGUAACCCCAUUGUUAAAGGGAGGGUUUGGGACGAUGGAGGAUAGCUUGAUUGAAGGGAUUAUUGCUCAAGCUGGAAACUUGAAAGGGGUGAUUAUUAAGGGAGAGGAUGUGGCUCAGGCUGCUCUGUACUUAGCUAGUGAUGAUGCUAAGUAUGUGAGUGGUCUUAAUCUUGUUGUGGAUGGGGGUUAUAGCACUACCAAUCCAUCUUUGUUACAUCUCGUCUCCAAUGGGUUGAACCUCUCUAUGCCUCCUCAGUAAAGAUUUGAUCUUGUUUCAGUUCCUGAAGAUUUGAAUAAAGUAUGCCCCAGUUGUUAAUCCAUGAUAACAAGGCUUGCUUUUUACAUGAUCUGACUUGCUCUAUUUUGUGAUUCACUGAAAGAAAAAAUCUUGAAAUUUUUGCGUCUUA